UCACGUGCUCGUACUACUUCCGGGGUAGCUCUCUCUUCAGCAUGCUUUUCGGAAUUGUAUACCGACAUAACAUGUGUAUCUAAAACAAUUGGGAAAUAAAAUGAGUUCUCAAAAAGGUAAUGUCUCUCGUUCGCGAGCUCAGAAGCAUAAAAACAACACGGCCUUCGUAAACAACAAGUACGGAGCGACUGUACAAGUGCAGAAAGCAAACUCCAAGAUCCACGAUGGGCUCUGUAAACACUGUAAGGGUGUUCUGGAGUGGAGAGUAAGGUACAACAAGUACAAGUCACUGACACAACCCAAAAAAUGUAUCAAGUGUGCUCAGAGGACAGUGAAGGAUGCAUACCACAUCCUCUGUAAGCCCUGUUCUCUGGAGCUAGACAUCUGCUGCAAGUGUGGGAAGAAAGAGAAAAUUGUUAUUCCAAUUAACUCAGAAGGGGACAAUAAUGAUGAAGAAGAAGGAGGACAAGGAGAAGUAAAAGGAGAAGAGAAAGAUGAAGAAAAAGGAGGAGAAGAGAAAGAUGAAGAAAAAGGAGAAGAGAAAGAUGAAGAAAAAGAAAUAGAAAAAGGAGAAGAGAAAGAUGAAAAAGUUGUUGAACAGAAAAAGAAAGUGCGAGUACGAGCGAAGAAGGACUUGGAUGACUCGGACAGUGAUGAUGAUGAAGAGAGAGAGGACUUGCAUAGUGGCUCAAAGAAGACGCAGAACACGUCUGAUGAUCUCCCAGAUGUGUCCCGACUCCGAGUCAGAUUUAAUGACUAAGGACGAGUUUAAAGUGAAGUAUGAGAUUUGAGAGGUGACAUACCCCCAGCUAACCAAAUCUAAUACAAAAAGUUCCUAGUUUGAGUUCAGUUAACAAAAGCUACCAACUAAUUCACUGUGUAUCUUUGGUGAACACGGACCAAAAUGUUUCACUAUCUUCUGACUUUUCUGAUUUAAAGAAACAAACAAAAAAAUUAGAACAUAUUCGCCAGAUUAUUUUUCAAAGAUUGCCUGCCAGCUGGAUAAGUGUACUGUAAUUAAAACAUGUACAUUAAUGACAUUCAUUUGAAUUGUAUGUUUCCAAACUACCGAACUUCUCACAUCACUGAAUUAAUAGAGACUUGAAGUUUCACUGAAAGCAGAAGUUGAGGCUUUGCAUGAACUGACUCUGAAAUAUUGAGCCUGUCAUGCACGAUCUAUAUUUACCUAUAUUUACCCUCAGAGGACUACUUAUCAGUUGCUCUUAGUCUAAUACAAGCAUCCUGCAUCAAAUAGCUGUUGAUUCAACUUUAGAGCCUGAAGUUUGAUUCAGAAGAAAAUUGGAUUGUGUUAUAAUAAGUGUUUUAUGCACGUAUAUGACUGAGCAUCAGCUACAUAUUAGAAACACAUCUCGGACAAGGAAAUCAUACAAUACCAUUUUAUUUUUAUUGCAAAUAAAAGUAUAACAUGUUCCUCAAAAUGA